AUGGGCCAAGCACAUUGCAACAUCUCAGGUUGCAAAAAAAACCAUCUUUGUCAUGUUUUCCCCUCUCGCCAGGGCCUGUCUAGCCCAAUGCUGCGCUGCCCAUCCCAGCGUCUCCUGGACAGGAUAGUGCGACGCUAUGCUGAGGUGCCAGAUGCUGGCAGCAUCUACAUGGACCACCUCACUGACCGAGACAAGCUGCGCCUGUUGUACACCCUGUCAGUGAAUUCACACCCCAUCUUGCUACAGAUCUUCCCUGAUGUGGAGGGCUGGCCCUUCCCGCGGUACCUGGGCUCCUGUGGGCGGCUGGUGGUCAGUGCCAGCACCCGGCCCCUGCGUGACUUCUACGACGCGGCCCCCGAUGUGGCCGCCGACCUAGCCCUCCAGCUUCUCACUGUCCUCCGCUCCAUGGGCACCAACGACCUCAACUAUUUCUUCUACUUCACCCACGUGGAUGCUGGCACCUUCGGCGUGUUUAGCAACGGGCAUCUGUUCAUUCGCGAUGCCAGCACACUGGGGAUCAUCGACAAGGAGGAAGGGAGCCAGCUGAUUGACGGCCAGCAGGAGUAUAAAGAUAUAUUUAGCUGUUUGACUGUGGACUGCCAGUCGCCAUUUGUGUCCUGUAACUCCAUCGGAGAGAAGCACAGCCUCAUCAUGGUGUGUCAAGAGCUUUUGCCUAAGCUCCUGGGGGGGAAAUUCCUACAACCCAUGCAGGAGAAAAUAGACAGCUUCCUGCAGCACUGCGCUGAUGGCCUUGCUGAUGACCAGAGCAUCAACGAGGCGGUUGCAAGGCUGACAGAUCUCCUGAAACCUCUGCGGUCUUGCGAUUCCCGUUUUGCCUACCGCUACCCUGACUGCAAAUACAGUGACAAAUACUGA